AUGCAACAACCGCAGCAGGGACAAGAGCAACUCUCGACAACUCUCACAGCUCAACACAAACAUACCACACCUAGGAAUGCGCUUCAGCAAAAAGACAGACAGCAAAAAACCCAAAGUUUAGACUACGUAAUCAGAUCCGGACUUGCAGGUGGAUUAGCAGGUUGCAUGGCAAAAACUGCGAUCGCGCCAUUAGACAGAGUCAAGAUUCUGUUCCAAGCCGGAAACCCUAUAUUUGAUAAAUAUGCAGGUACAUUUACUGGUGCAUUCAAGGCCGGUCGUGAUAUAUUUACCACCUCUGGUACAAGGGGACUCUUCCAGGGCCAUUCUGUUACACUCCUUAGAAUUUUCCCCUAUGCUGCUAUCAAAUUUGUCGCAUAUGAACAAUAUAGAGCACUACUUAUGCCUACAAAGCAAGCCGAAACACCAGCAAAACAAUUCGUUGCAGGCUCUUUAGCAGGUGUAACAUCCGUUUUAUUCACAUACCCGCUCGACCUUGUUAGAGUGCGCCUGGCGUACGAAGUCAAGCAAGAUAGAUCAAAAGGAUCAAGUGUGAUAGCAACAUGUCGACAAAUUUAUCAUGAACCUGCUGCUUCUCGGGGUUUUAUGCAAUUGAAUAUAUUAAAUUUUUACCGAGGAUUUCUACCAACAGUAGUAGGAAUGAUACCAUACGCAGGAGUAUCGUUCUGGACAUACCACAUUGUCACUCAAUUCUGCCGUUACAACCCAAUUGCAACAAAGUACACACUCAAGCCUGAUGUAGUCGAUUUUGAUCCAGCUAAAAGCAACCUUACAGUUCAACAACAACGAAUUGUGGAUAAACCACCCUUAAAAACAUGGGCUGAAUUGUUUUGUGGAGGUGUGGCUGGUUUGGUAGCUCAGACAAGUAGUUAUCCACUCGAGGUAAUUCGGAGGAGAAUGCAAGUCGGAGGUCUAUUGGAUCCAACUGUCUUUGUUGGUUUUGUAAAAACAACCAAAGAUAUAUUCAAGUCAAAGGGGCUCAAAGGCUUUUAUGUGGGGCUUACCAUUGGUUACAUCAAAGUGAUUCCGAUGGUGGCAAUUAGCUUUACUGUGUACGAGAAAAUGAAAUAUGCCUUGAACAUAUACUGA